AUGGAAGCUAUCGUGGAAGAUGAGUUACAACGCUUGCAAACACUAAAUAUCAUUACUCCGGUAACGUUUUCCGAGUUGGCAGCGCCCAUCGUAGUUGUCCGGAAACCUGACCGUUCUGUUCGGCUUUGUGCUGAUUUUUCUACUGGACUCAAUAACGCAUUGGAGCCGAACAAUUACCCACUUCCACUACCCGAAGACAUUUUUGCCCGCAUGGCAAACUGUACCAUCUUCGGAUACAUUGACCUGUCCGACGCAUAUUUGCAAGUGGAAGUCGAUGAAGAAAAUCGGAAGCUGGUAGUAAUCAACACCCACAAUGGGUUAUUCCAGUUCAACCGUCUCUCUCCCGGAAUUCGAACGGCUCCUGGAGCAUUCCAGCAAAUAAUGGACGCAAUGCUCAGUGGUCUGCAGUGCACCUGUCUAUAUUUGGAUGACAUCAUCGUAGACGGGCGGACGCGCCAGGAACUCAUGCAAAACUUACAGGAGGUCUGCAAACGCCUGCAUGAGAAUGGGUUCACUGUGAAGAUUUGCAAGUGUCAGUUCUUCAUGAACCAAGUGAAGUAUCUGGGACAACUGUUGGACGCAGAAGUCACGUACAAAAUCAUUGCCGCAGAGACCGAAGGAGACAAAAUCUUGCAGAAGGUGAAACAUUACGUCAUCUACGGUUGGCCAGUAAGCAAGAAAACUGUUGGAAAUCCAGAAAUUGAACAGUUUUUUGCUCGACUGGAGUCACUCAGCAUCGCACACAAGUGUCUUAUGUACGGAGAAAGAAUCAUUAGUCCCAGAAAACUGCAGCAGCGAGUUCUGGACCAGCUCAUAAGGGUCAUCCGGGCAUUGAUCGAACCAGAUCAUUAG